GCUGUAGCUGGAGUGCAGUAGUGAGGGCAGUCGUGGAUGCGGACAGUCGUAGGGUCGCACAUAUGCUCUCACAGAGCGGGAUCUCUGAGGAUUAUAACCGCUGCAAAGGACCUUUCAUACUGCGCCUUUUGGAGUGACCAAUUCAUUGUGGAUAUACUUACACGAAAGGAAUAUAAAGCAGGGAUUAGUAUAAGGUCAGAACAUCCAGAGUCAUGGAUUGGGUGAAGACGUUUGUCGUCUUUGGUGGUACUUUGGUGGUUUUGGUUUCAGUUACCUCUGGACUGCCUCCACCAACCAUCGUGUCCAACCAGGAUGAGUUCGUCCUGCAGCCCAAUUCCCUCUUCAACAUAAGCUGCACCGGUAAAAGGAAUGUCAUUUGGGCUGAGCCACUGCCGAAUAACGCCCUGGUUUUUCCGGGGUAUUAUACUUCAACGCUUUUCAUAGAUAACACAACUGUAGAAAACACCGGUUACUACACAUGUGUGUAUGAGAACCAGGACGGCAAUCUGGAUGGUGACCUGGAAAAUAGUGAAACAAACAUUUAUAUUUUUGUCCCAGAUUCACAUGCUCCGUUUGUCCCUGAGCCAUCAAACAACCUGGUUAUCUCUGGGAGCAUAUUAGGAAUCACCAUCCCAUGCCGUGUGUCUCACCCGGAUUCCUAUGUCAUCCUGAAGAGAGUCCCCAGCGGAGAGGAAAUGCAUGCCUUAUAUAACAGCAAGGAUGGGUUCUCCUACGUUAGCAACCUUUCAUCUGGGCAGUAUCAGUGUGAAACCACUGUGGACGACCAGAUAUUCAGAAGCCCUAUUUAUACUGUAAUUUUAACUGAUGACUUUAUAAAGGUGGAUGAUUUUGAGGUGGAGAUACUAGCCAGUGAAGUGACAGUGCGAGCAGGCCAGCCUUUCAACAUCACAUGCAUCGUUCCUGCUGGCUCGGACUUCCAGCAGCAGUGGCUUCAUCUUAAAAAACAGGCUAUAGAUGCAGUUCAGAUCAAGCAGACUUUUCCUGACCGGGUCAUCUACAUCCUCAGUAUCCCACAAGCCACCUCGCAGGAUAGCGGCGCCUAUGAGUGCUCUGUCACAGACAAAGGUGGUGAGGUCAGAGUCAAAAAGGUGGCUGUCACCGUCUUUGAGGAGGAUUCCUUUGUGGCUCUGGACCACAGUGGGAUUUCAUCGACACAGUUUGUCCACAUAUUUGAGGAGACAGAGUUUACAAUCCUCAUUGAUGCAUAUCCAGCCCCCAAAGUGACAUGGCUGAAAGAUGGCAAAGACUUACGAGUGAACUACUACCUCUUCACCAGCACUAGCCACCAGGGAGGAAAUCGGUAUCAGAGCACUCUGAAAUUCAGGCAUCCUCUGGAAAAAGACAAUGGAAAUUAUACCAUAAUUGCUCAAAGUGGCUCUCACACUGCUCACUUCUCCUUUAUCCUGAAAGUGAAAGCUGCCACUGCAGGGAUGAUCCCAUCAUCCUCAGCCCCUGUGCUGCUGCCAGAGCAAGACGAGAUGGUGAUCAGCCUCUACAGCCCUUUUACCUUGACAUGUCGUGGACAGGCAAAACUGGCCUGGGAAACACCAAUCAAUGCACCCGAGCAAACGCAGGAGGACCCCAGCGGCUUGUUUGUCAGCACCAUCACUGUGGACAAUGCCACAGCAAUGCACACUGGCUACUACUUGUGCUUUUAUAGUAGAAAUAUCACUGAAGAUGAGGAGGAGGAUUAUAGCAGAAUCUACAUUUAUGUCCCAGAUCCUGAUGUCCCCUUUCUGCCGUCACUCACGCCUUAUAGCAACCAUAUCCUGUCUGAAUAUGAUGAGAUGGAGAUCCAGUGUCUUGUGUCUGAUCCGAGUGCUAACGUGACUCUGAUCAACACUGACACCCAGCAGCUUGUGCCUAGUAAUUACGAUAGUAAGAGGGGCGCUUUGGGGAUAUUCACUGCUGGAACCUAUGUCUGUCGGGCCGUCAUAAACGGACAGGAAUACUACAGUGAUCAAUACAUUGUCCAUGGCUGGACAGGUAGCAGCGUGCUGCAUGUCGAGCUGACAGCGGAAAGGGCCGCUCUGCUGGUGGGAGACACAAUAACUGUCACCUGUGUGGCUCAGGGAGCUGAGAUACUGGAAGACCAUUGGAAGUACCCUGGCAAACUGGCAAAUCGUGGUAUCAAAACAGUGCACGAGAAUAAGAGAACUCAGGAGAUCCAUUACACCCUGACCAUCCCACAAGCCUCAACCAAAGACAGCGGCAUCUACUCUUGCUCCAUCACUGACAUAAUGAGUAACGAGAGCCAGACGAAACAGCUAGCUAUUCAAAUUUUUGCGAGUCAGUUCUUGUCCAUCAAGCCAGAGUUCAGAGAAUAUGAAUCUGCAGGGCUGGAUGAAGUCAGGGAGUUCAGGGCUGUUGUCAACUCCUUCCCGAGUGCUCGUGUCACUUGGUUCAAAGACGGCUACCCACUCAAUGACGUGACCGCGGAGAUCUCCACCAGCCUCCAACGGACCAGUGAAACCAGCUAUAUGAGUGUUCUCACCCUGAUCCGAGCCAAGGAGGAGGACAGCGGGAACUACACCAUGCGGGUGGGAAAUGGAAACCAAAGUCAAGAUGUCAGCUUAAUCCUUGAGGUCAAAGUGCCUGCAGUCAUCGUUGAUCUGAUGGACGUCCACCAUGGCUCAGCUCAAGGCCAGUCUGUGGUUUGCAUUACCAGAGGGCAGCCCACUCCUGUGGUGGAGUGGUUUGUCUGCAAGAAUAUCAAACAUUGUGCUAAUGACUCGUCUUCUUGGGUGCCCAUCCCCGCCAACUCCACCGAGAUUACGAUGGACUCACACGUUGAUGAAGACAGUAAUCUGGAGAGCCAGGUCAUGUUCGGUCAUCUGGAAAGCACAAUGGCAGUGCGCUGCCUGGCCAGGAACGAAAUGGCCGUUGUCAGUAGGGAGGUCAAACUGGUGUCCAAUGGACCUCACCCUGAGCUGACUGUAGCUGCUGCUGUGCUGGUGCUCCUGGUCAUUGUCAUCAUCUCACUCAUUGUCUUGGUUGUUAUCUGGAAACAGAAACCACGAUAUGAAAUCCGCUGGAGGGUCAUAGAGUCUGUGAGCCCAGACGGUCAUGAGUACAUCUAUGUGGAUCCCAUGCAGCUUCCCUAUGACUCUAGAUGGGAGUUUCCCCGUGACAGACUUGUGCUCGGUCGUAUCCUGGGCUCUGGAGCCUUUGGGAAGGUGGUAGAGGGCACCGCCUACGGACUCAGCUGCUCCCAACCCGUCAUGAAGGUGGCAGUGAAAAUGCUGAAACCCACAGCACGCUCCAGUGAGAAACAGGCCCUGAUGUCUGAACUCAAGAUCAUGACUCAUCUUGGUCCCCAUCUCAACAUUGUUAACCUCUUGGGAGCAUGCACCAAGUCAGGCCCUAUCUACAUUAUCACUGAGUACUGCUUCUAUGGGGACCUGGUCAACUAUCUGCACAAGAACAGAGAGAACUUCCUCAGCCUGAACCCCGAGAAGAAUAAGAAAGAGUUGGAUAUCUUUGGAAUCAACCCUGCGGACGAGACCAGCAGGAGUUAUGUGAUCCUGUCAUUUGAAAGUAAAGGCGACUACAUGGAUAUGAAGCAGGCUGACAACACUCAAUAUGUGCCCAUGCUGGAGAUGAGCAAUGCCUCCAAGUACUCAGACAUCCAGCAGUCCAACUAUGACCAUCCACCCUCGCAGAAAGGCUCGAGUGAAAGUGAGAUGGAAACCCUGCUGUCAGAUGACAUAAAUGAAGGCCUCACCACCACUGACCUGCUCAGCUUUACCUACCAGGUGGCCAAAGGCAUGGAGUUUCUUGCCUCCAAAAAUUGUGUGCAUCGGGACCUCGCAGCCAGGAAUGUCCUUCUCUCUCAGGGCAAGAUUGUGAAGAUCUGUGACUUUGGACUGGCCAGAGACAUCAUGCAUGACAACAACUAUGUGUCCAAAGGGAGUACUUUUCUGCCAGUGAAGUGGAUGGCACCAGAGAGUAUUUUUGACAACUUGUACACCACUCUGAGUGAUGUUUGGUCUUAUGGUAUCCUCCUCUGGGAGAUAUUCUCCCUAGGUGGCACCCCGUACCCAGGGAUGGUGGUGGACUCGAGCUUCUACAACAAGAUCAAGAGUGGAUACAGGAUGUCAAAACCAGAGCAUGCACCUCAUGAUGUAUAUGAGAUGAUGAUGAAGUGCUGGAACAGUGAGCCAGAGAAGAGGCCAUCUUUCCUGGGUCUGAGUGAAACAGUAGCUUCUUUGCUACCCUGCAGCUAUAAGAGGCAAUAUGAAAGAGUAAACCAUGAUUUCCUGAAGAGCGACCACCCCGCUGUUACUCGGGUGUGCAUGGAAAAUGAGGACUACAUUGGCAUUAGCUACAAGAACCAGGGAAAGCUGAAGGACAGGGAAAGCGGCUUCGAUGAGCAGCGGUUGAGCUCCGACAGUGGUUACAUCAUUCCUCUUCCUGACCUGGACCCUGUAUCUGACGAUGAAUAUGGAAAGAGGAACAGACACAGCUCUCAAACAUCCGAAGAGAGUGCCAUUGAGACAGGCUCCAGCAGCUCCACCUUUGCUAAGCGUGAGGGUGAGACCCUGGAGGACAUCACGCUGCUGGACGAGAUGUGUCUGGACUGUAGUGACCUGGUGGAAGACAGCUUUCUGUGACAAUUGCCCAGCCUGUAUAGCACGGGCAGAAACGAAAAGGGGUGUGAGAACACGGGAAUCUAGAGAAAGACCUGUAAAUCAACCAAAGACUUUUCUGUCAACCCUCUAGCCCCCGCCAUCCCUCCUUUCAAUCGCCCCAUCAGAGAGAGGACAGAAGAAAACCACUUGAACAUCUGGAUGAGUCUGUGCUGGCUUAUAGUACACCCAUCACUAACCUCCUCGGACAGUGCCCCUCGUCUGGGCUGCAGAAGAGGGUGAGCAGAACAUGACUUAAAGAAAGGACUGAACCCCCCCCCCCCACAGAGCCUGUGUGUUGGAGACAUCUAGAUAAACCAAGUUUGUCUUUCUAAUUUGCAGAGCUUUAUUCUAUCGGGCAUUCUUUUAACAGAAAUAUAAGCAACAAGGGACAAAUUAAACCUGUUGGUCAGCAACUCUAAUUGAACACCGCGGGACGUCAUUCAUAUGGUAUCUGUUAAACCACUAGAGUGCACUAUUCAAACUAAAUUCCAAUACUAGCAACAGCAUUGGCAGGUAAACACAUGCUCGCCUGCUGCAAGAGAAGCACCUGAUGCUGGCGCAAUCAGUCGCAAUACUUGGAUUUUAAAGCACAAAAUUUGGACUAUGUGCGUUUUUUGUUUGUAACCAUUUAAUGUAUUCAGUGGUUAAGUGCAUACAUUAAUUCAAAUUUAUUUUUUUACUUUAUAAAUAUAUAAACCUGUUUUGUUUGUGAAUACUGAGUAGAUUUUGACCACAGCUGUUUGUAUGGUUCGAAGAAACGAGCUUCUGAGUUGCUUCUUUGCGUUGUGCCCCCCCCCCGGAUCCCCUACCCCCCUUUUUGCAGAAAUUAAAAAGCAGAAACUUGUUCUCAGAUAAAGUCCUCAGUCAUAUCUGCCAUAUAGGCUUUAUCUAAUGAAGUGUGAUUGUAAUGUAAAUAGCUUCAGAGUUGUUAUAUAAGAGAGAAUUAUUGGGAUAGCACUCAAAUAUUUUAUAAAGACAUAUUAAGCUUGUCAACCCUCAUUCACCGUGGUGAAGACAAUGAUUCUGUCAAAUCCAUUAUGAAAAAAGGAAAUAAUUCUCCCUUCUUCAGUGAGAAACACAUUAAAACAUCACAGUAGACAGACGAACAUAUUAUUUUUUCCACUUUUAGUCGAUUAAAAAACUACAAAUUUGAGAAUCAUAAAAUAAUAGGGAGCAAAAGGCAUUCAGCAUGUCAGUAAACAUGGCAGUAUGGUCAGUAAAAAGUCUAGCAGUGCUCUACCAGAAGGUUGCAUCCUCUAGCUUCAUAUUUUAUCUGUUGUCCUGAUGUCGGUUAGCAGGUUCUAGUUAUACGAAAAAAGUAGAUAAACUAGAGAUUCAUGUUUCUAUGAUGUCAUACAUCAAUUAUCUGUAGAUCCUUUAUAAUCCUCAGUAUCUUCCUGCUGCUGAACCAGCUGUGCCACUGCCUCCUUCUUUUUGACUGUGACAUAAACUACAUACAGUUGUUGCACUUUCCUCUUUUAUUUUUUUAAUGUUGCUCGCAAAUUAGCUCUCGUCUAGCUUUGGUCUUAGGUGGCUGUAUGGAUGUGAAUGUUUGUGCUGCAGGUGAGAGAUGUGUUGUUGACAGUACCGUAUCUGUAAGUAAAGGUAAUCACACCCAGUAUAAUGAUUCAAUACUGUGCUUCGUUAUUUUACAUCAUGUACAUUCAGAUGAUUUAUAUUUCAAUAAAUGAUUUAUAAUGUAGAAAAAUGAA